CCAGUCAGCCGGCUGGGAGGCGCGGUCCGGCGCUCGCGCGGCGACGACGACGGCUAUGGCGGCGGAGGAGGAGGAGGUGGACUCGGCGGACACCUGCGAGAGGUCAGGAUGGCUAACUGGUUGGCUUCCCACCUGGUGCCCUACAUCUACAUCACACCUUAAAGAAGCUGAAGAGAAAAUUUUAAAAUGUGUCCCCUGCACAUACAAGAAAGAACCUGUUUGUAUAUCGAAUGGGAAUAAGAUAUGGACACUGAAGUUCUCUCACAAUAUUUCAAACAAGACUCCACUUGUCCUCCUCCAUGGUUUUGGAGGAGGUCUUGGACUCUGGGCACUGAAUUAUGGAGAUCUUUGCAACGAUAGACCCAUCUAUGCCUUUGACCUGUUGGGCUUUGGACGAAGUAGCAGGCCCAGGUUUGACAGUGAUGCGGAAGAAGUGGAGAAUCAGUUUGUGGAAUCCAUCGAAGAGUGGAGACGUGCCCUGGGAUUGGACAAAAUGAUCUUGCUUGGACACAACCUGGGUGGGUUCUUGGCUGCUGCUUACUCACUGAAGUACCCCUCAAGGGUUAAUCAUCUCAUUUUAGUGGAGCCUUGGGGUUUUCCUGAGCGGCCGGACCUUGCCGAUCAAGACAGGCCAAUCCCAGUGUGGAUCAGAGCCUUGGGAGCAGCACUGACUCCCUUUAACCCUUUGGCUGGCCUCAGGAUUGCAGGCCCCUUUGGCUUAAGUCUCGUGCAGCGUUUAAGGCCUGACUUCAAGCGGAAGUAUUCUUCAAUGUUUGACGAUGACACUGUGACAGAGUACAUCUACCACUGCAACGUGCAGACUCCAAGUGGUGAGACAGCGUUCAAAAAUAUGACCAUUCCCUACGGAUGGGCAAAAAGGCCAAUGCUCCAGCGAAUUGGCAAAAUGCACCCUGACAUUCCAGUUUCGGUGAUCUAUGGCGCCCGAUCCUGCAUAGAUGGCAAUUCUGGCACCAGCAUCCAGUCCUUGCGGCCACAUUCAUAUGUGAAGACGAUAGCCAUUCUCGGGGCGGGGCAUUAUGUGUAUGCAGAUCAACCGGAAGACUUCAACCAGAAGGUCAAGGAGAUCUGUGAGACUGUCGACUGAGCAUACUGGCGGGGACGUGGGGCAGCCUGCGGACUGAUUCGGUGCCUCCGCGAUAGUGCACAGUCCACCAUGCAGAGUAAGGACUACAGCAGAAGACCAAGCGGUCUUCUCGACUGUCCUUCGCACACACUUUCUUUGUGGAGUUGCCUGCACAUUUAAAUCAGUUAGUGCCUUCUAGAAGAAUGGCUUUCCUUUCUCCUACACAAAAUCAAAAUAUUCAAGAGUCUCCAAACCUAAUAGCUUUAAUAAAAGGUUAUCUGUCCCUCUGCUGUACUGACAGAUUGUCACUUUUCACUGAAAUGUAAUUACUUUCUAUCUAACUUUGUUGUGUCUAGUACUUUUUAUAUUUCAGUCUGUGUUGCCAAUUAAAAACGUGACUACUGGGUCUAUAAUUUUAUAUCCUGGAAAGGUGCACUUUAUUUUCUUUGCUUGUAUUUACCAUGUCUAAUGACUGAUCUAGGUAAUCACAAUUUUGUGUAAAAAUCGAUCAGUUGUUUAGAAUCCUCCACUUUGUUUUUGAAAUGGAGUGCUGAUGAAACAGAUUUUGGUUUUAAAAGAUGGGAGUUGAUCACCAGCAUUAAUUUCUGUGCUUUUCCUCUGUCCUCUAUGUAAGGCUGCAAAGCCAUGGUCAACAUCUUAAAUGUGGCUCAUCCGGAUGUAUCUCAACAACAUAAUUCCUUGAACUCUUCUAUAUCUGGUAUGAUUGUGUACUUACAGGGAAACACGACAUUAAUACUUAAGUGAUUUAAGUACUGCACAGCCCUAACUAGAAGUCUGUCCUUUCUUCCCCGUUAAUACUCUUUUCUGUGAGCCAGCUGCAGCAGAAGGAACAGACUUCCUUCUGAGGGGAUACUAAGACUGUUACCUUCCGGUAAGCCAUCAUGCGUUAUCAUUAACCUCUAACUCUUGUAGAUGGGUGCUAAGACGGGAUUACGUUUUAACCACUGAAAUAGACAAAUAGGUGGUGCUCUUAUGUCUCAAGGCACCAGAAGGAGAUGGCACUAGGUGGUCGGGGUUCUUUGGUUUUCAUUUUUGAGGUUUGUGUUGAUGAAAUGAUGCACAUACUUGAAGUUAUAUUAUAAAAACUGUACAAGGUUGAUGGAACUAUUUGACCAUAACUACCAUCAAGUAUAACACUUUGUUGCUGUUUUAAAACGAGGAAAACUUUGAAACUGUGAAAAUUACCAUGUGGUAACUGGCUGCUGAGAAGACGCUCCAAAAGAGAAAGUGGAAUAGGAUUGUGAGCAACAAGGCAUCUUGGCCUUACGUUCCAGUAACAUUGCUUGUCUGGGAGAAAGGUGGUUAUAUAAAUAAAAAACAGUGAACUAGAGCAAAGAAAGGUUUAAUGGUUUUGACUGUUACCUUUUUUAAAUGGUUAAUUAGGAAAUCUAUAGUUAAGAAACGUAAGGUUGUAUCAUGUUGAUAACUGCCAGAAAGACCGAAUGUUCUGUUUUCAACAUUACCUUCCCUACUAAGGAAAAGGCAAAUUGUACUGAAGCACAACAGAUAGUUCCCAGCGAACAGUUUGUCUCACUUGGCACCUAAACUAGGUUACGGCCAAAGGUAACACGAGAGCCCAGGCACGCUGCCCGAGCUCUCUGCCUGAUGAACAAAAGUAGUCCGUACUUUGCAGUUAGUGUCUCUGAGGGCUAGCUCCAAACCUUUAAGUGGUACAGAUAAUUUGGGGACUGUUUUUGCAUUUUUGACACGCUCUGCAGUCUCUCUUAAUUGGGCAAAUGACAGUUUUCACUGGUGCAGGAGGAUCUCUGUGAAGGAAACUUGGUCCCAACCCUUGGAGGGAAGCUACUAGUUCACUUAGCAAGUGGAGUUUCUGGCCACGACAUGCCAGGUGAUUCGGGGGAAAGAUGUACCCAGAUGUCAGGUGGAACUUAUUUUCCUGCUAACUGAUUUUGCUUUAUUUGAAAAAUAUUGUCAGACUUCUUAAAAGUUGAAUCUUCCCUUAGUUUGUACAACAUGUAACCUUGUGAAAAUUGAGCGAGCAGAGACGGUCACGGUCCUCAAAAUUCCUGAGAAUACAGUGGGUGCUAAAUGUUUUCUUAAAAAAUCCUAUUACAGUAUUUGAUCUUUGCUAAAUUAUGCACAGUGUACUUUAACUGUAUUUUACAGAAUAAA